AAAAAACUUAGUGUUGGUAGGGACCUGCACAUGAUGUAAAAAGAAAGGUGUAACAACAUCGUGUAUGCGCAGUAGUCAUGUGCAUUUGGACCCAAAUUUCAUUGGCUCGCUCAUCGUGCGCCGCCGCUAUGCGCAAUGAUACACCUUUCUUGCAGUAGUCCAUGUGCAUUUGGACCCAAAUUUCAUUGGCUCGCUCAUCGUGCCGCCGCCGCUAUGCGCAAUGAUACACCUUUCUUUUUACAUCAUGGACCUGCAGGCAAAGCCCAGCCGUAUUGCGUCAGUUAGUCUCUGAGCUACAGCCGGAGGAAGUUGAGCGCUCGGCGAAAACGACCCAGUCUGUAGGGCGCGUUAGUAAAAAGAGAUUUUAGCGCAUCUAUUUUUUUUGCUGCCAAAAGCCUCCAAACGGUGCACUAAGAAAAUAAAAAUAACCAAAAAUACAUUUUUUGGUAGUAUGACGGACAGAAGUCCCAAGGAUAUAAGAAGACUUCUUCGAGAGCGACCUCCUGAGAUUAAUUACGAGGAGUUGUCGGAAGAUGAAGUGGAUUACGUAGAAGAGUUUAGCGAGGUCGAUGAUAUUCAGGAUUGCGAUGAAGAUACCAGCCUCGACCAUACAUAUCAAAACGAUCUGGAGUACGAGUCUGACGAACAGCAGGAAGCGCAAACAUCAGGGCGUCCUCAGUCAGUUAUAAAGGGUAAAAAUAAUUACAAGUGGUACAAGACUGCUCCGGAAACAAGAGGGCGACGGUCGACGGAAGUUUAUUUGCCCAAAGGGAGUGGAGAUGCAAGAAAUGUAAAAACACCAUUAGAAGCUUGGAGUCUACUUUUUCCGACUGAGUUAUUAGAAAUAGUCAUUCUGCAAACAAAUGCAGAAAUUCGAAGAAGAGAUAAUUACCCGACUGAAGGCUAUACAGAAACAAAUUUGGUGGAAUUAAAGGCUUUACUGGGAUUACUAUAUUACAGCGGAAUGGAAAAACAGAACCACACCAAUACCGAGGAUUUGUGGAAGCCACGAUUUGGAAGUAAUUUAUACAGAGCUGUAAUGGCAAGAAACCGUUUCCAUUAUUUGUUGGAGUGUCUUCGUUUUGACGAUAAGGCGACCAGAGUCGAACGUCGAAAAGUGCACGGAUUAGCGCCUAUAAAAGAAAUUUGGGAUAUGUUUAUUUCCAAUUGCACGCGAUACUAUUCUCCAUCCACUUACUGCACGAUCGACGAACAACUUCUCAAUUUUCGAGGACGUUUUGGUUCGAAAGUCUACAUACCGAGUAAACCAGACAAGUACGGUAUAAAAAUCGUAUCCAUGCACGAUGUGCAAACUUCAUAUAUGAUAAACGCGGAGCCCUACGUAGGGCGGGUUCUUUCCCGUGCAGGUGAAUCUGUGCCAAGCUAUUACGUUCGACGGUUGUCAGAAUCAAUUUAUAACACGGGACGAAAUAUCACAUGUGAUAAUUGGUUCAUGUCCGUUGAUCUUGUUCGAAAAAUGAAAACUGAUUAUGGCCUAACCAUGAUUGGCACUGUACGAAAAAAUAAACGCGAAAUACCACCAUCGUUCACGCGAACAGCGGCUGCUGGUACUACUCGCUACGCAUACGCCGAAGGAAAUACCUUAGUUUCGUACUGUCCUAAGAAAAACAAGGUCGUUAUAUUAUUAUCAAGCUUGCACAACAGUGGACGACUGGACAAAGAAACCGAAAAACCGGAAAUAGUAGCUUUCUACAACCGCACAAAAGGAGGGACCGAUACCUUUGAUCAGAUGUGCCACCUCUACACCACUGCUCGCGUCACUGCUAGGUGGCCUCUGAGAUUGUUUUUUGACAUGAUGGAUCAUGCUGCAGUCAAUUCCUUUAUAUUAUACAGUUUGCGAUCAUCAAAUGAGGGAUUAAAUCGAAGAGAUUUUCUCAAGGAUCUGACUUUUUCCCUGGUCGAACCACAACUUCGAUUUCGCCUUACCGCACGAACACUGCGAGCUAAUUUACGUGUCAUGAUAAACGAAAUACUUCAAAUAAACCCGGAACUUUCAGCACAGAUACAGACUGUUACAGCACAGACUCACAAGUUACAAAAAAGAAAACGCUGUUCAUUUUGUAUAACUGAAAAAAAAACUGUUUAUUGUUGUGCAUUGUGUAAGAAACCAACUUGCGACGACCAUCGCGUAAACAUUUGCAAAACAUGUCACGCUUGCUCAUAAUUUUCAAGAUUUUUUUCAUUACUU